CUUAUUUAUUAAAAAUAAUAAAGUACUAGGAUUUUGAAAUCAUCUAGAUUUCUCUAGUCGACAAAAAUUAUUCUCCACUUAACUUUCCUGAAGAACAAGUUUCUCACCUUCAUUCUCCUCUAUAUUCCUGUAUUGCUCUACUAGUGUUACAGGGUUUAAAACUGACUGCUGAGAAGUGUGGCGGAUAAUGGACAUAGGUGGAAGAAGGGUGUCACGGGGUAUGCUGCCCCUACUGGCUUUGCAUACUGUCAGUGAGUAUUAUAGACUUGAAAGAAAGCCUCCGGUAACUGCUGGCUUGUUAGCUGCCAAUACUCUUAUCUAUUUGAGGCCUGCUUUUUUGGAGUCUGUCCUUCCCUCUAUCAAUGAGGUUUGGUUUAAUGCACACCUAAUUCUAAAGCAUAGGGAUCUUAAACGUUUCUUCUUGUCUCCAUUCUAUCACAUGGGUGAAUCACAUUUGGUCUACAACAUGCUAUCCCUGCUAUGGAAGGGCAUCCAACUGGAGACUUCAAUGGGAAGUAUUGAAUUUGCUUCUAUGGUAGCUACAUUACUCGCCAUGUCACAGGGAAUAACCUUGUUGUUGUCCAAGUCUCUCCUUCUCUUUGACUAUGAGAAAGCGUAUUACUCUGAAUAUGCAGUGGGGUUUUCUGGUGUUCUCUUUGCAAUGAAAGUUGUGUUGAAUGCUCAAUCAGAUGAUUACACCUUUGUGCAUGGACUCCUCGUACCUUCGCGUCACGCUGCAUGGGCCGAACUGAUUCUCAUUCAAAUGUUUGUACCAGGUGUCUCAUUUCUUGGUCAUUUAGGUGGGAUAUUGGCUGGGAUUCUGUAUAUGCACUUGAAGAGAUCAUAUUCAGGUCCCAAUCCUUUGAGAUAUAUAUUUAGUAGUGUUUCUGGUGUAAUUAAGUGGCCGUUGAGUUUUAUUUGUGGCAUGCUUUGGCCAAGAAGGUAUUCUAGCAGGGGAACUGUCGGCAGAGAAAUGAGAAGAAACUUGGUUAAUGGAGUAUGGAGAUGUCCUGCUUGUACAUUUGAUAAUUCAGGAGUGUUGUCUGUGUGUGAGAUGUGUGGGACUGGUAGAGAUGGGACUGAUUUUUCAUUGAAUUUGCAGAGUGACCUCUCACUUGAUGAGUUAAGGCGUAGGAGGAUACAAAGAUUUAGCAGCUGAAAUUUCAUUGUUUGAACGAAUUAAGGGCAAGUUUAGUUUCCUGGGGACAACAAUAAUAGUAAUACAUAAAAAUUAAUUUGUUUUUUUUUUUUUUAGGUAAAUCUAGUUAGUUAAAUGUUCAAUACUUUGUCACGGACUGACAUAUCUAGUGAAUCAAUAUGAAUCUAGGCAAACGAGAAAUGUACAAGAAUUUAUCAAUUUGUAUGAAAAGUGUGGAUAACUGAUUGUGGAAUUGAAAUGUAAUAUGUAAUGUAACUGUAUUACGUGGAAUGAAUGUAAUUGAAGAACAAUUUCAAAAGUUAUUAGUCUUUGAGAGUCUUGUUCUCUUCAGAGUAUAAA